CAGUGCUGUGAGCACUUGCAGCACUGUCAGCAUUGCAGUGCCACCAGCAGCUCUCUGCUGCUGGAGGGACAACAACCCCUCAGGGUAGGGAAAUGAGGAAUGGUAGAAACCUGCUGAGAGAGGGAAAGCGUUUGGAGAAUGUCCCAUUCGAAAGAUUGUUUCUUAUCAGGGGGAAAUCAGGAGCCAUUCAAAGAAAUCUGCAAGUCGAGCCACUUCCUCUGUGACAGGAAAAAAAAGUCAAGACAAAUAAAUGAGAGGAAGUCAAAUUCUGACGUAGCCAAAGAUUAAAUUUCCGAUUCACCCGCCAAGCCUUGCGAAACAAUGGCAGGACAGGGAACAGAGAGAGCCAGCAGGACGGGAAUGGGGAGCUCCUGUUGAGCUGGGCACUUUCUCCUUCAUGUCACUGACCUGGGAAGAGCCACUUUAGGACAUGGAUCCCAAAGGAGCAAGAGGUACCAGGAAGCACCGCUGAUCUGCACAGACUCCUUUGCCUGCUGCUGCCCCACAGGGAACAGGGAGCUGCUGAGGAGCCCCGUGGUCCAUCCCUGGAUUCUCCAAGCACUGACUCCCCAUCCACUCUGACCACAGCCAGGGGUCACAUCCCACCGCCUGCCCAGCAUCCAUCCAUGGAGGUGAGCACCGUGUCCCCAUCUCCCACCUCACCGACCGACGGACCUGGUCAGUGUGAGAUCAAUGUCUCCGGCGUGGCCAUGCAUCUUGUGACGUUGCUCUUCAGUGUCUGUGGGCUGGUUGGGAACGGGGCUUUCCUCCGGCUCCUCUACGUUAAUCCUACCACCGACUUCGUCUUCAACCAGGCCAUCACCGACAUCCUCUUCCUCAUCGUCAUGGUCCCCUCCACCAUGAUCUUCCUGAGGGAAGAAGUGUCCUGCACUACUGUAAUGCCCCUGAUGUAUUUGAGCUUUCUUUUCUAUCUGUCACUGUUCUCCUACACCAUGGGGCUGUACCGGCUGACAUUCAUCAGCUUUCAGAGGUGCAGGUCCAUCCUCUGCCUGUUUUUCUGUGGUUGCCAACUUCCUGACCGCCUGCUGUUGGUGAUGAUGACUGUCCUCUUCUGGGUCCUCCUCUUUGUUGUCACCGCUGUCAAUCCCACGGUGACUUCCCAGUGCCAGUCACACGAGCAGGAGCAAUGCCGGAUGGCUCUCACCUCCAUGUACGCCCUCAACCUCUUCCUAUUUGCUGCACCCAUGGUCAUUUCCAGCACAAUCCUCUUCAUUCAUUUUAAGUCUGGCUCCCAGCAGCAGAAACACAAGAGGCUUGACAUUGUGAUUGUCCUCGUUGCAAUCUUCAGUCUGCCCCUCAGUCUCUGCUCUUUCCUGCAGCAGCUCGGUUACACGGUUGUGCCCUCCCAGGCAAUUUUCCUGCUCACCUGCAUCACCAGCAGCAUCAAACCCUUCAUCUACUUCUUGGUGGGGAGCUGGAAGAGAGACUGCUCCAUGGGGAGCUGCUGGAGACACUGCUCCAUGGGGAGCUGCAGGAAGAACUGCUCUGUGGAGUCACUAAGGAAGGCGAUCCGCAGGGUGUUUGGGGAGCCGAAAGAAAAUACUGCCAGCAGUAAUGAUCCUGCCAUGGACACAGAGGCCUGAGCCUGUUGAUUCCUCCUGCUGCACUGCUGAGAGACCCCAGGACAGUGGCUGAGAGAUUUCUUGAGUGACCUGAUCAAGAAAUCUCCACAGGGUCACCCUCCCUGUGCUGGUGCAUCCCCCACCCCCUUUCCAGGCCGCACUGGGCUCUGAUUCGUGCUUGGGAGGCCUCAGCCUUGAGGAGCAGCCCCUGGGCUCAGCUCCUCUGGCACUGAUCAGAAACACCCUCUGCUCCCAGGAACUGCUGCUGGCCAACGAACCCCUGGGCUUUUAUCAACAGCCUUGGGAAUUAUUUCACUUCCCUGAAUGCCACACCAUCCCUGCUCCCACACUUUCACAGAAAGUUGCCUGCCCAAAGUGUGGCCAGGGUGAAACAUUGCUGUGGCUGAAGCCCAUCCCUUGGGGCCCUGUAAGCAGCGGUCCAAAAGGAGACCCUUGGAGCUCUCCUGGGCCCAGCAGCGCUGACCAGAAGCUCCCUGGCAGUGGGGCCUCUCCGAGCUGGGAUCUCUCCCGUCUGCUGCCCUCGGGUGAUGCCCCAACGCCGACGGCUCCUGGGCCGAUCCCCCAGCGCUCGAGGCCCAAGCCUUGGCACAGUGAGGAGAUGCAAACGGAUCCGCAGUGAGCAUUUCACUGCCUCCCAGGGGAAUUUCUCACAGGCACCUUGCACUGACUCUUUCUCUCUGUGUGCACACACCUGUGCAUCUGCUCUGGCAAAUGUGGGGGAGAUGCUGCUCUCUCAGGUGUUCCAGUACCUGAGACAUCUGAGUGAGUCAGGCCUGGAAGCAAGGUUAAGGCAUGAGAUACCAUUGCAGCUAAAUGCAGUUCAUGUUAUUUCCUUGCUAAAUUGUUUACUUCAAGGUACAAAAGCAGGAAUGGCUGGGAGAAGCAGAGACACUGCUCAUGGUCCCAGGUGGAGCAGGGCAGGAGCAGGGCUGUCAACAGGGAAAAAGGCGGCCCUGGGGAGGAUCUGGAAGUUGUCAGAGGGGUCCAGAAGGGUCAGAGGGUUCUGGAAAGAUCUGGAGGAAUUGAGGGAGGGUCUGGAUGCUGCUGAUCCCAAAUGUCCAGACUGGAGGGCAGCAGAGCCCAAUGGGCAGCACUUCAAGGCAGGGAGUGGCCUCGGGAUG